UUCGAGGUGCACGAGUUUCCUGCACCGGCGGCCGCUCCUAUCUGCAACCUGGCCUGUUCCUUGGGCUCUCUCCUCGAAGUUCUGCAAGUCCCUUAGGGACAGGUUCCCGGCAUGCCGCUGAUUCGCUAUAGGAAAGUGUUCGUUCUCGGUUACGGCGCUGUAGGGAAGACAUCUUUGGUACAUCAGUUUGUCAAAGGGGAGUUUUUGGAAGACUAUGAUCCUACUGUGGAGAAUACAUACAGCAAGAUAGUGACUGUUGGCAAAGAUGAGUUUCACCUACACCUGCUGGACACAGCCGGGCAGGAUGAGUAUAGCAUUCUGCCCUAUUCAUUCAUCAUUGGGGUCCAUGGUUAUGUGCUUGUGUAUUCUAUCACCUGUCUGCAUAGCUUCCGUGUUAUUGAGAGUCUGUACCAAAAACUCCAUGAAGGCCAUGGGAAAACCCAGCUGCCAGUGGUGCUAGUGGGGAAUAAGGUGGAUCUUUCAAUAGACAGAGAAGUGAAAACAGCUGAAGGAAAGAAGCUAGCAAAGUCCUGGGGUGCAACAUUCAUGGAAUCAUCUGCUAAAGAGAAUCAGCUGACUCAAGACAUCUUUAUCAAAAUUAUCCAGGAGAUUGCCCGUGUGGAGAAUUCCUAUGGCCAAAAACAUCGAUGCCACAUGAUGUGAACACUUAGCUAGGAGUAACUACCUUGUGUCUGCCCCUGGCACUAGCCAAGCUCUGGUGAGGCAGGGGUGCAGAUGCUCAAGGACUUCAAGGGUAUGGUUGGCCUUCUGGAUAUACCGUGUGGUGCCCUUAUUUGCACUUUUCCCAGGCCUACUGGCCUGGUUGUCAAUGUUUACAAAGAGGAAAGGAUGUCUCUUGAGCCCUGACCUCUAUCUUCUAUCUCCCUGUUUUUCUAAAUAAAUUGUGCUAUAAUCUGUGGGAUAAGGAGUUUGAGCAUUAUUUAUUCAGAAUCCACCUUCCUAUAUAGGUUUUGGUAUUGACUAAGGAGAGCUGGAGGACUCCUGAAGUGGCUCCUUUGAGGGCAAAUGUAUAUAUGCAAAUAAACUAAGAAAUCUUUUGUUGACUUCUUUGUGUCUGGGGAGAGCUCAGGGCUAAUAUUUCCCUUUCUAAGGAAUGAUUACCGGGGCGUGUUUUGAGUCUUUCAUUCUACUUCACUCCUAUUCCUUAUUCCUCACUUAUUAAGGCUCAUUACCCUAAGACUUUGUCUUUUCUAUUUUGCUGGGUUAUUCAGAUGUAGUACUGAGUCUAGUUGGCUGCCCCACCUAUCCAAG